AUGAUUGAUACCCGAAAAUUUCCCAAAAAAACAUUCCUUCGCGACCUUGAUGCGUUGGAGUGGCUGCGUGAAGAACUAGACCUUACAGAGCUUCACGAAAAGAGACGUGGCCAGUUUUACUUUGGAGAAUACCUUACUCAAGGCUGUUUGGAUAUCGAAGGCAAGUGUGUGGAAAUGACAAUGCAGCAGCUCGUUGAUGGGGGCCUUUUUACGGUGAUAUGUCCUGCAUUGAACAAACCCAAUAAGUGGGCAGACUGGGCAAUACCAGUCUGCGAACUUCGAGUCGGUAUCAGGGAAAACCAUAUCGUGGAUCAAAAGCAAAUUCGAUCUGCAAUCUUCGUGGCGAAGGAUUGUGUCGGAGAUCGAUUUCUUGUACCCUUUGCACUGAUGUUACUGGGAUUGCGAAGCCGACAGUCCGACAUUUCGGCGAUUGCGAACGUCUUCCAGUCCCUCUUCACCGAUGAGGAGCUCAAUUUUCGGGACGUCAAGUAUGAUCAGUCCUCUGGAAGGAUGAAAGAACUCAGAAGAUUCCGAGAAUUAAUGGAAACCGUUGAGAAACAACAUGAUGAAAACCCACUGGCCGAGACGACAAGGUUGAUGGAAGGACUAGGACUGUCAACCAACGGAUUGCCCAUGAAGAAAAGUAUCUAUGUUGGUCCACUUGGCGACGAGUAA